CUUGCCUGCGGAUGUGGUUGGCUCUGAAAAGAAAACUUAUUGGAAAUGCCCGUGAACGUUUGCCGACUUCGAUCUCGAAAGAGUUCACCACUAUCAAGCGCCAAAAUCUGGAUUGUCAUCGUCGGAGUGGUAUCUGGAGCUUUCUUGAUCGCUAUUGGUCUUACUGAUCCAAUGCAAGAGUCGAUGAUGUUUGGCCUCGUCGCCGGCACGGCCGUAUUUCUAGAAGCGGGAAACGGAGCGAACUUCGCCUUGGUCCCUCACGUCCAUCCUUCGGCGAAUGGCGUGCUGUCUGGGACCGUUGGAGCUGUGGGAAAUCUCGGAGGCGUGAUUUUCGCUAUCGUGUUUAGAUAUCAUCACACGAAUUAUGCGGAGAGUUUUUGGAUCACUGGAGUCAUGGUCAUUGGUAUGAACCUGGCCUUGUGCUGGGUCAAGCCAAUACCUAAGGUACAGGUUGGCGGUAGAAGUUGAGCGGCAUGAUUGGCCAUCGCGAAGGGUUGUGGAUUGCAGCUGAAAGACUCCGUAUCUACUUCCAGAGCUCUGGAUCUGACAUGCAAUGCUCCCUUAGAAAUGCUGGCUGUACGUUUAAUUGUCUCGCACAAAGCCUGGGCCAAACUUCCGCUCUCUGAAAUAUGUCGAUGCGCUUCUCGAAGUGCU